UCAAGAUCUGCUGCCGGGAUGGGAUGAAGGACAUCCCCAUGGAUUACUCCUGUGAGCGGAGAUCGCGGUUCAUCACGGAAGGACCGGAGUGCGCCAAAGUGUUCUUGCGCUGCUGCACCGAGAUCGCCAACAAGAAGAAGCAACUCUCUUCCAGCCUGGUGCUGUCUCGCAGUGAAGAAGACCUCUUACCUGAUGAUGAAAUCCGCGUUCGAACCAACUUUCCUGAGAGCUGGCUGUUUGAAGAUUUCAUUCUGCCACCCAGAGGAGAUGCCACGGGAUCUUCACUAAUGAUCUCUAAGGCUCUGCUGGACACGAUCACAGACUGGGAGAUCCUGGCCAUCAGCUCAUCCCCCUUUACAGGUAAAGGCUUUUAUUAGCCCAGAUGUACUGUC